GACUACAGCGGGUACCACUGGUGUUUGUGCUGUUCUUACUCUGAAUGAUGUGAAGGAUCUGCUACCACCUACUGAAGCUGAGUGCUGCGCUCGCGUGCUAAUGGUUAAGCGUUGUCAUCGGCUCGGCAACAAAUGCAGUAUGAAGAUCAAGACUUAUUUUGACGCUCUCCUCGGCAAGCAGGAUGCUGUUGAACAUGUUCUUAUGCUCCCGUUGAAGUCACGUUGUCCCUCUAAAUGUGGUCGUCCUGUCCCUCCCAAGACGGGCUUUGUGGUGUUCAGAGAAUCAUCAGAUGCUAUGAUGGCUAGGUCCGUUGGUUCGGAUCAACUCGUCAAUGAUAAUGCGGUUAUUAAAGUCGAGACUUAUGAUGGUUUCUAGUGUUCUAUAUUACUCUACUUCAUUUUCUGUUUCCGAUCUUAUCUCUCUCCUAGUGGAAUAUGUGAAUAUAAAGAGACAGAGUAGGGUUAAGAGUUGAUAGUAGUGGUUUCACUCUAUGCACUCUUACCAUUAGUCUACUCUGUUGAGUGUCUCUAUUUUGAUUCGGAGUUUGAAUCAUUCGUCGGCUCCAAUUGCUACUUGAGAGUUUAGUUCCUGUCACGGCGGAGCGAAACUCUGAAAUUGUUCGGGCUCGGACUGAGCCCAGCAUCCCUAACGGUUUAUUAACACGUUGAGGGAGUCUAUUCUGUUUAUUCUAUGCUUUCUCAUCCUAGUUUCGCAUUAGUGCUUCUCCUGGGGAUAAGCAAGUAUUAAUUUUGGGUUAGUGUAGAAAUACCCGUCUCCUAUUGGACGUAUGGUUCUCAGUGCCAAAGUGCCAAUUUUGGAGACUCCCACCUUUUCCAAUCGAAGCGUCGUUAUGUGAAUCGUUGUGUCGUAGCUUCUUAACUGUUGUAUGGUUUGUUGGUCGUAGGACACCUCUCUUAC